UCCACCAGCACCAGAAGCGAAGUUGGGCAGAAAGUAGUAUCGACGAUUUUGCGAAAUCCUCGUUUCACCAGUCAUGGGAGACCUCAACAUUGCGCUGCUUGUCGUAGCAAUCGUUGUAUCAUUGCUCUCCAUCGCCGUCAGUAUCUAUCUCCUUGUUAACUACCAACAUCCGGAUGACUCAAACCAAGCCUACUUCCCAAAACUUGUCGUGGUCAUUGGUCUUACGCUUGCGCAACUUUCAGUUCUCAUGCUUCCUGCGGACGUUUCGAACAGGCAAAGCUGCAUUAAUGGCUUUGUGAACGGAGAUUGCUCUGAGACUCUGCCCAUGAGAACUUUGUGGUACAUCCUUUGGAUUGCAAUAUGUGUCAUGGUCUUCGUCAUCAUCCCAUUCUCCAUUUUCUUGUACGAGGACGAUGAAGAAAAGGGUACCGGAAAACGGGUAUUGCAUGCGCUCUUGUGGUGUCUGCUGUCAGUGUUUGUUUUCGGGGGCCUCCUUGGGGUUCUUUACGGAUUUGUUGGUUACGUAGAGUAUCCUGUGAAGAGGCUGGUCUCUGCGACUAUCCCUAUGACAAAAGACUUUAGCGCGCUUAGUAGUCAGGCUUCUUGUGUUUCCUUGUAUAAUACUGGUCUGGGUGCGUGUUCUUCAUAUUCUUCUCCUCAAGGAUCCAAGACCACAUGGACACUGAGGGUCUCGUUUUCGAAGUACAUUAUUGCGCUAUUUACGAUACUGGGGUCUCUCCUAUUCUCUAUUUUUGGUGGCGUUGGCAUAGCCACCUUGCCACUUUCAUCAAUUCUUUCCUUUCUGAGGCGGCCAAGGGCUACAAUAAGCCGUUCUGAAUACAUUAAGGAAGCCACGGCUAUUGGGAAGAAGGCCAAGGAGAUACAUGAACUAGCUGUCACUCUCCAGCAGGAGGAGAGAAGUGGCAGCAAAACUUGGGCAUGGAGGCGGAAUGCAAAGAAGCUGCAGCAGGCGCUUUUCCAUUUGGAAGAGGAGGAAGCUGAGCUCCGAGAAAGAUUUCCCCAAGGAGAUGAAGCAGAGAUGUUCUGGGCUAUGACAGUAUUUGUUUACAUUGGGAAACUUAUAUUUGGAAUCAUCGGGCUUGGCAUUUCUGUGGCUUGGAUUGUGCAUAUUAUCAUUUAUAUGCUCAUACAGCCUCCAGCAUCGGCUUUCCUCAACAGUUUUUUCAUAAUGCUUGAUCGAUGGUGGGGACUGCUGGGAACAGGAGCAUUUUCUGUCUUCUGCUUUUACCUCUUCCUAGCUGUAAUGUCCGGAGAGAUGUAUCUUGGUCUCAACAUUCUACUGUUGUCGAUUCAUCCUAUGAGGUGGAAUGCUACCCUUAUGAGCUCUUUCUUGUUUAAUGUGGCCCUCAUACUUUGCUGCGCAACGAGCGCAAUACAAUUUUGUGCAAAAGCCUUUGCUGCCUAUGCACAAGAAACAGCCGUGCAGGAGAUAUUUGGUCAUACUCUAGAAAACCUGCAAGGGAUACGCUACUUAUACGUGUUUAACUUGUUCCAGUACAUCUUCAUUGUCAUGUUUGCUGUGACAUUCAUAUACUUCUUGGCUGUGGAGCGGAAGAGAUUGAAGAGGAAGGGAAAGAAGCAAGCCCCUUCUUCCACAUGAAGCUGGUGUGGUAGUCGAGUCUCCAGCUGCAGAUAUAUAUACUUGAUCCUUAUACAGCAUGAUUAUGAUGCCUGUAAGAUAACUCAAUUGUUGGGCUGAGAAAAGCCCUUAGGAUCUUUCCAGAGACUAAGUCCCAGUUGUAGCAGGCUUGAGUAAUGCAGCGGAAGUUGAGGUAGUUGAACCCUUGUACUAGUAUAUGAGAACAAG